GCGGUGAAAAAAGGAAUAACAUCUUUCUUUAUUCUAUGACGUCUGUAAUUAUAGUUCACAUUCGAGUUUUGUUCACGAACACAGGUGGCCUUGGUGCAUCUCAUAUUCUUGGAGGCCUGGACCGCAACAAAUAUUUGGGAAAGCUGAUUUCAUAUUUAGACCCAGUUCUUCCUAGUACAUCCCGCACUGACUUUUUGAGGUGUUGGCACGCAAAGACUGACGGCUGGGCGACAUCGACAUUCCACACCAACUGCGAUGGGAGGGGGCCCACAGUGACAAUCAUCAAAGUGAACAACUACAUCUUUGGUGGAUAUACUGAUGUGUCCUGGGGUGGAGCUGGUUCUUGCGCACGUUAUUCUUCCUCCAGUAAGGCGUUUACCUUCUCUCUCUAUAAUGUCAGAGGAUACAAUGCUGUGAAGUUGACGCAAUACCGAAACCAGCAAUAUGCGAUGUACAGAUGUUCCUCCUAUGGACCCACUUUUGGUGGUGGUUGUGGUCACGACAUCUUCAUAUCCAACAACGCUGGAAACAACCAAAACUCUCACACUAGAUGCGGUUGCACGUACACGACGCCUUCAGGGUACUCAACUGGAAACUGUGGUUUUUUUACAGGGGGGUCUAAUUUUUCUCCAACGGACAUAGAAGUAUUCUAUGAAACAGGUCUCGGUUUGUCUGACAUACUUCGAAGCCUUGAUUACAACAAGUACUUGAAGAUGCUGUUUUCGUAUUUGGACCCAGUCCUUAUCAGUAAAGAGCGUAGCAGGUUUGUAAGGUGUUGGCACGCAAAGACUGACGGCUGGGCAGCAUCGACAUUCCACAGUAACUGUGAUGGGAGGGGACCCACA